CCCAAAAUUUUUGUCAACACAGACGAUACCUAUGAAGAGCUCCAUUUAAUCGUUUAUAAGGCCAUGAGCGCAGCCGUGUGCUUCAUGAUUGACGCCUCCACCCAGCUGACCGUGGACUUCUGCCGGAGACUGGACAGCAUCGUGGGGCCCCAGCUCACCGUGCUGGCGUCCGACGUCUGCGAGCAGUUCAACAUCAACAAGAGAAUAUCUGGGUCUGAGAAGGAGCCCCAGUUUAAGUUCAUCUACUUCAACCACAUGAACCUGGCCGAGAAGAGCACCAUCCACAUGCGUAAAACCCCCAGCGUGUCCCUCACGUCCGUGCCCCCCGACCUCAUGAAGAUCCUCGGGGACAUCAACAGUGACUUCACGAGAGUGGAUGAGGAUGAAGAAAUCAUCGUGAAGGCCAUGAGCGACUACUGGGUGGUCGGCAAGAAGUCAGACCAGCGGGAGCUGUAUGUUAUUUUGAAUCAGAAAAACGCAAACCUCAUUGAAGUCAACGAAGAGGUGAAGAAGCUGUGUGCCACGCAGUUCAACAACAUCUUCUUCCUGGACUGACGCGUGGGCUCGCCCACGCCCGCUCACCCCACGAGCCACGGCUGCUGCCGAGCGGCUGGAUGACGAGUAAAGCAAUACUUGCUCUGAGGAAUCAAAUUUCUACGCAGCCUGAUGACUCCCCUGAGGUUUUUAGAUUUUAAAUAUUUAUGUGGAAUUGACUCAAGGUAGUGGGGAAUAGCUCUAUAUCAUUCCAUUUGGACAUUAUGUGAAUAUUUUACUGGAAAAUAAGACUAAUAAAUUGUUACACUUUUUAA